AUGCGGCUCUCUUCACUAACGGCCUGCGGCCCCGGCGCGGCAGCGGAGCUUGCCAGUAAGGUGCGUGCGCUCAAGGCGGAUGCUGUCGUCUGGUUCACCGAGUCCUCGCAGCCGGCGGAGCUCGCAGUCGCUCUCGCCGACUCUGCAGAGAGCGUCGUCGGAGCAGUCACGACGCAAGGCCUCAUCGGCGGCGGCGGAGAGCACAGCCGGUCGCUCGGCUCCGCGUCGAUGCCCGGAGUGCCGUACUCCUUUUCUCCGUCGCCCGAGGCGGAGCGGACAGUCGCGCUUGCCAUCUCCGGACUCAGCGGCGGCGCGAGCCUGCUCCCGUGGCACUCGCCGCCGGACGGCCUGCCCGAUCUCCCAGAGGCCUUUUGGACUGACCACGCUGUCGCGCCGCCCGAGAUUCGCUUCUUCGUCGGGGCGACAGAGCACGACGGCGGCGGCGUCGGCCUCGCGCUCUGCGGCGUCGACCUCGAGCCGCUCUCCUUACCUGCCACGAUCACGCUCUUCUCGUGCCACGAUCACGCGAAACUUCUGUUUCUCUCACGCGAAAAAACUCACGCCCCGCUGCUCCCCGCUCCGCGCCCUCGAUGCACCGAUGCACGAUGGCGGGUCGGGCGUCGGCGCCGCGUCGUUGUGAUAAACUAA